AUGGUUGAUGCUGUUGUCUCUUCCGAAGUACGGAGACUUGGUGGUCUUCUCAUUGAUCAAGUAAUUUUUUUGCAAAGAGUGAGAGAUGAAGUCAACUAUCUGAGAACCAAAUUGGAAUACAUGUGUUUCUUGAAAGAUGCAGAAGAAAAACAAGAUCAAGACAGUAGGAUACGCAAAUGGGUAUCCGAUAUUAGAGAUGCUGCUUACGAAGCCGAGGAUAUUAUGACAGGGUUCAAAGCUUGCCUCAGAAAGCACUUUUGCAUCUACAAACAAGCAAACAAGUAUGGGAUAGGUAAGGAGAUUCAAGAAUGGAAGAAUAGACUCGAUGAAAUCGAUCGAAAUCAUGAAAUUUUCAAGAUUAGAAAUAUCGAAGCUGUUGGGGAGGGAUCAAGUAGCAUGAAUGAGAGAUUCAAGCAACUACGAAGGACAACACCUUAUGAAGACGACCAACAUGUUGUGGGCUUCACGAAGGAUGUUGAGUUACUAACAUCUAAACUUCUCCAAGAAACGCCCCAUCAAUGUGUGAUUUCGAUUGUGGGCAUGGGCGGUUUGGGUAAGACGACCUUAGCUCGAAAACUUUACAACUCUAGCAGUGUUGGAGAUAAAUUUAAGCGUAAAGGUUGGGUUUCUGUAUCCAAGGAUUACAACAUCCAGAAUCUUCUUCGAAAAACAAUAAAAUCUUUCAAGAUGCCAACCAGCAAAGAUGAAUUGGAGAUGUUGGAAAAGAUGGAAAUAGAAGAUUUGGAGUGCCGUUUACAUGAGUUGUUGAAAGAAAGUCGAUACCUGGUGGUGAUUGACGAUGUAUGGGAUACAGAUGCUUGGGCAAGCUUGAGGAGAAAAUAUGUUCAUGAGCUUCCAUUUCUACAACCAGAAGAAAGUUGGGAAUUAUUUUGUAAGAUAGUAGUGUUUCCGGACUAUAAUGGGGUCGAUGAUAAAACAAAUCGUUGCCCUCCAAGCUUGGAGGAAUUGGCAAGAGAUUUGGUCAGAAAAUGCCAGGGCUUACCCCUGGCCAUAGUCGUCUUGGGUGGGCUAUUGUCAAGAAAACAUCUCAAUGAGUGGCCCAAGUUGCAGGGCCGCUUCUGGAGGCAUGUAAGCGGUGACGACUUUGAAAGCCAUGACUCGGCUCAUGUUAAACAAAUAUUGGCUUUAAGUUUCACCGAUUUGCCUCAUCACUUGAAGUUGUGCUUUCUUUACUUGGGGUUGUUCCCUGAAGAUUUUGAAAUUGAAGCAGACAGACUUACACGGUUAUGGGUGGCAGAAGGUUUCAUACAACAAGCACAAGGAGAAACUUUAGAGGAGACAGCUGCAGAAUAUCUAAAUGAGCUGAUUGAUAGAAAUUUGAUUCAAGUAGCUAAAAGAACCUGGAUGAGAAUUAGAAGAAGCCGAGUUCAUGAUCUUCUUCGGGAUUUAGCAAUUGAAAAGUCUAAGGAGUUAAAUUUCCUUCAUAUCUAUGAUGGAAAUGUUUAUUCCGCACCUUCUCCCUGCAAGCAUCGAAGACUAGCUUCUCAUAGCUAUGGAUUAAAAAGGUUUGCUUCCUUUGAUCAGUCAUCAAAUUUGCAUUUACGAACUCUUUUGUUCUUCAACUCGGAAAAUGAAUCUGCCGAAAUAGGGGAGUUACAAUUUCUGUACGAAAAAUUGAGAUUGUGGAGAGUGUUAGAUCUUGAGGAAAUUAUAUUCAAUCAUUCCCCAGAAACAGAGCAUGGAAGCUUGGUUGAUGCAAUUGAUAAAUUGAUUCACUUGAGGUACUUCAGGAUAAGUGGCUUCAAAAUGAACAAGAUUCCACCAUCCAUAGGUAACUUGCAAACCCUACAAACCCUCGAAUGUUCCGAAUUUCGUACCUCAACUAUGUUACCAGAUGAGAUAUGCAAUGCAAAGCAGUUGAGACAUUUAAGUGGAUGCUUCAAGUGGCCUUUCCGAGUGGAAAACCUAACAAACCUUCAAACUCUAAACUAUAUUGAGGUUGAUGACCGGAUGGAAUUUAAUCCAUCAAGGGAUUUAAUCAAUCUUCGUGAGCUUGUGGUAAUAUUUAAUGGAAAAAGCAAGGGGUUCACUCUAGACUCUAUUGGUAGAUUAAGAAACCUUCAAACAUUAUAUCUAGAGUUUAGGGACACUGUUUGGAAUCCUACACUGCAACCACUUCUCACUGCCAGCACCUCCUUCAAUUGA